GCACAGUUAAAGCUAACGUUUAGUUCGUUUUUGGAUCUCUCGCGGAGCGGUUGUGGCAUUAAGGGCCUGGCAAACCGGUUUCGACAGCGACACACUGUUUUCGGAAAACGUGAUAGAAAACCAAAAGGCAGACGAUCUCGAUCUCCCUCGCAAGUGCAUUUCGCUUCGCAGGCCAAAUUGAAGACACAAUCAUGCUGGGCACCCUGCUGUCACUCCUGUUCAUCGGCCUGCUGCUUUGCGCCUUCCUCUUCUCGAAAACGACCAAGGAGUUCCCGAAGUCCUGGUUCGAGUGGAAGACGGAGUUCCGAUACCAGUAUCUGGGCAUUGUGGGGCUCAUCCAUGAUGCUCAGUAUGCGGCAAGGGAUCGCGUGGCACUUUACAAGCAACCGGAUCGCAUUGCUGUCAUCACUGGAGGCAACCGCGGCAUCGGCCUGCGAAUUGUGGAGAAGCUGCUGGCCUGCGACAUGACUGUCGUCAUGGGUGUUCGUGAUCCUCGCAGCGCAGAAGCCGCAGUGGCAUCUAUAGUUGACCUAAAGGCCACUAAGGGCAAACUCAUCUGUGAGCAACUGGAUGUGGGGGAUCUGAAGUCAGUCAAGGCCUUUGCCCAGCUCAUCAAGGAUCGUUUCACGAAGGUGGAUCUGCUACUGAACAAUGCGGGCAUUAUGUUCGCACCCUUCAAGAUCACCGCCGAUGGCUACGAAUCGCAUUUUGCCAUCAAUUAUUUGGGUCACUUCCUGCUCACGCACUUGCUAAUGCCCAAGCUGAAGGCGGCGGGCAAGGAGGGAAAGAACGCCAGAAUUGUGAAUGUCAGCUCCUGUGUGAAUCUUAUUGGACGCAUUAACUACAAGGAUAUCAAUGGAGAAAAACACUACUACCCUGGAACCGCCUACAGUCAGUCAAAGUUGGCACAGAUUCUGUUCACCCGCCAUCUGCAGACCGUGCUCGAUGCGGAGAAGGCGCACGUGCAGGUGAACGUUGUGCAUCCGGGUAUCGUGGACACGGAUCUGUUUGAGCACUCGGCCACCACAUCGGUUCCCAUCUUCAAGAAGCUCUUCUUCAAGACACCGGAGAGGGGCUCCAGGACCGUGGUCUUUGCAGCCAUCGAUCCCUCCAUUGAGGGCCAGGGCGGCACAUAUCUGAGCAACGGCGGCAAGGGUCCCUUCCAUCCGGAUGCCAAGAAGCCAGCCAAGUGCGAGCAGCUCUUCCAGUUCUCCUGCGACCUGCUCAAAAUCCAGAAGUAUGGCAACGGCGAAUUCUAACCCACGCCAUAAAACUCAAUAUUCCUCCCCUCAACUGGUGCGACGUACUUUCUUAGAUUCCAUCUCCUUAACAUUUUUUGUAAAUCGAUUUCUUGUAUGGCUUAUACAUAUAUAUUUUUAUAUAGAAGUGCAGCUGUUGUUCUGAUAAUACGAACCACUGAUGAUAA